UGUUGGGAUUUACUUCAUUCUGGGUACGUUUAUAAGUAUAUUGCAGUAAUGUCUUAUGAGCGCUCGUCUUUGUAUGGAUUUAGCCCUCAUGACUUGUUUUUUCGAAAAUGAUAUGUAAAUUCCACCAUCAUAUGCGAAUAUUUUUGUAUGGAUAAAGUGCAUGCAUAUACUCUCUACUCUUAUUCCAUUAUCUGCAACUUAGGCACAUUGAAUCAAAAUAUGACUGUUAAAAUCAAUAUUGAAUGUGAAGACAAUGAGAUUUCGCAAGAUACUUGGGCUACAAAACACUCCGGUGAUGUCGUACCAACUAAUGACUUGGUGUCAUUGUCAUGGCUUCAGAAAGAUGAUAUUUUACAGAUAACUCCUUUGGAUGGGGAGGAAGAAAAUGGCAGUGAUUCUUUAAAUUCCACUGGGAUCAAAAGUCAAGAUAGGGAAGACACCAACUGCAGUCCAGGAUUACGCGUCGAAUCUCAGGAAUCCUACUACUCGUCUCCACCAGUGUCCGAACAACCCCUCUCUAUUUUUGGUAGAAGCAUUCGUCGUUCUGCAUCAGUAUCAGGAGAACAGUUUUAUGGAGAAACUACACGGUAUCGAAGCAAUCCGUCAUCUACUAUCACUGGCAAAGGACUUGAUAAACCAAACUACAGUUAUACUCACCUUAUAUUCAUGGCAAUCGAAUCGACACCACAAAAGUGUAUGACUGUCAAUCAAAUAUAUAACUGGUGUGAGUCGAACUUCCCAUUCUACAAGCAUGCUGGUGCUGGUUGGAAGAAUUCUUUAAGGCAUAAUUUAUCUAUCAACAAGUCUUUCAAACGAUUACCUCGUGAUAGUCGUGGCCCCGGUCGAGGUGCUUUCUGGACAGUUGAGCCUCGUGAGAGAGCUACCUUAUUGGAUGCCAUCAAACGAACCCCAUGGAACAAUGGUAACACAUCUGCAGCUGGGUGUCAAUCACUUAAUGAUAGUGGCAGUACAAAUUCUGUCAGUGCAUUUCCAGUCGGACGGUUUGGUCUUGCACGAAGCGCUCCCAGUCAGCUUUUGCGUGCUGAGGGUUUAGGAAGUGAUAAAUUUGGAUCUAUGGUUGGAGAAUCUGCACCUCACAUUCGGUUGUUGUACACUAGUGAUGGCAAUGUUGUGGCCACAUACGAUAGUUCAUUCGUUGACCCAUCAAAUUCUGGACAUGAUGGUACAACAGAUGUUAAAGCACUGGUAUCUGAUUCGACUUUCUUUGAUCAUAGAUACUGGUCCUCACCAUCUGACGAGGCAACUAGUAUUGAUAGUGCUUCAGCUGAAGUUGAAUGGCCAGCCGAAGAAGAAGAGAAGUACUUAAACAUUCUACGCCUAUUAAAUGAAACUGAAGCGACCGACACUGCUAAACUGAAUUCACCUACUACAGACCAGCCAGUCGGAGAUGGUUUUCUGUCUAAUGAAGUAAAACGUGAUGCUUGGGAAAAAAUGAUUGGGACGCACAUUUUAGAGGAUCCAAAACUGGUCACGAAGCAAAGGAGGAAAUCACGCUUAUUACCAACACGCAUAAAUAAGUGUAAUGAAUGCAAAGAAAAUGUAGCUGGCUGUGAAUCUUGUCUUGCUAAACGCUCUGAAGUUCUUAACAGUAAUUAUGUUCGUACCACUCUAAAAGAAUAUGAUCUUGAUGUUAGUAAUAUGUUGGACUGUGAUCAAGAACCUGGUCCUGCUGGUGGACCACUGUCGAGAAAUUCAAAUAUCAAGACGUUGAAACCUUCCUCUCCAACUGCUGCAAACACGGAUGAUAAUGAUAAUGAUAAUAAUUCAGAUGUGACUGAUGAAAAAAAAACACUGAAAUCUGAGGAGAUUUAUGCAUCGAAUGAAGUUUACGUUACUCCAUCACCGUAUAUCGACCAUGAAUACUCCCACUGUCAAGCACAACUUCGUCGACCUGAAGAAAAUCAACUAGUCAAUAAAUAUAAUGACAAUUAUUUCUCUGAAAGACUUACAGAAUUGAUGAGUCUUUAUCCACUUGUCAAAGCUUUUGUAGAUACUAUUGUGAAUGAUAUGAAUGUCGAUUAUGAAACCGAUGGAUUUGAUGACGGUUUCAGUUCAUCAGAGCAAGAUAUGUACAGUGAAGAUUAUGACAAUGAUGAAAGCCAACAAAUUAAAGAUUCUAACAGUCAUGAACAAUGUGAUUGUGACGUCAUUCCACCUAGACGAAGCUAUCGUCGUCAAAGUUUACAAGCCUCAGAUUUCAGCGUGCGUCAACGACGUCCAAGAAUUGCUUCACGUGGCAUUAGACGACGCAGAGGUGGUGGUGCUAGGGCAAUGAAGCUGUCUGCCUCUCUCAACAGCAAUCCUACUCGACGGUCGAAACGAGUGAUUAAAGCUCCUCGUCGUCCGUAUGAUGACUUUGAAAAUGUUGACUAUUAUGAUUAUGAGUUAGACAAUGAUGAAUUUGAUAGAAUCGUGGAAGAAGAAGAAAAAGGCGAAGAAGACGAAGGAGAUCCACGACCUUCUGACGUUGAGUCGGAAAAUGAAAAUCAAACCAAUCCCCUGAGAAUCAUAAAUAUCGAAAAGAUUUCUUCCUAUCCAAGACAUUAA